AUGGCAAUCACCGGGAUGUCUGCGCGCUCCACCCUGAUCAAGGCGCGCGGGCCCUUCAGGACUCCGAGGGUUCUUUACUGCCAUUAUCACGCCAACAGAGCGGCCAUAUGGCCCGCUGGAAGACGCCCCCGUCCGGUCAGCGGCGCCAUUCGCCGCGGCGACGCCAAAGAGUCUGACUCUAGCAUCGCCCCGCCGGCUGGGAACGAAGCUGCUGUGCAGGCGCUAAUCAUAUGCGCUGCAGGAGUGGCGAUG